AGUUUUCGCACUAUCGAAGAAAUUUUGAAACGAGACUCUCUUCACCAGGUUCUAAAGCAAGUGGAAUUAGAGCACACCACAGUUGAGUGGAAGUUCCUGAAAUAUGUACAGGAGCCUGAAUUUGGACCAGGAUUGCCCGUAAAGACAGUCUACAUCACUGGAACUUUGGGUCGUAAAGAUGGCAAAUUGACGGAUGUUGAGUUCCGCAAGUGGAUGAGCACCGAUAAAUGCGUUAGUAUGCUUGUUGAAGUGAAGCCUUGUAGUGAUCGUGUAGGAUCAUUGGUGGUUGUUGGUCUUCUGAAUGAUUCAAAGAAAUCUGAUGAGACUUGGAAAGUUCCGCAGACCUUGCGGUUUCAGGAGUACCCUCCUGGUGUUAAAGUUAUACCUAUGGAAAGUAGAACAGCUAAGCCUUUUCGCACGACAAACUUAAUUGUUUUCCUGCCUGGAGGCAAUGAUAGUGGUUGCGAUGAUAGUUUUGUUGCCCAUGGGGAAGCACUCAUAGUAGACCCCGGAUGCAAGUCUGCUUCAUAUGAACAGCUCAAGGAAAUCAUUGCUGCUUUACCGAGAAAGUUAAUCGUCUUUGUGACACAUCAUCAUAACGAUCAUGUUGAUGGUCUUUCAGUAGUCCAGAAGUACAGUCCUGAUGCUUGUCUUUUGGCUCAUGAAAAUACGAUUCGUCGCAUUAGAAAAGAUGAUUGGUCUCUCCCGUAUGUUUCAGUUUCUGGAUCUGAGGAAAUUUGCAUUGGCAGUCAGAGAUUAAGAGUUGUCUUUGCACCGGGGCAUACAGAUGGACAUAUGGGACUGCUUCAUGUUAGUACAAACUCGUUGAUUGUGGGGGAUCAUUGUGUCGGCCAAGGAAGUGCUCUCUUAGAUAUGGCGUCUGGUGGAAAUAUGAGGGAUUACUUUGAGACAACAUACAAAUUCAUUGAGCUCUCCCCUCAUGCUUUGAUUCCAAUGCAUGGAAGAAUUAAUAUGUGGCCAAAACACAUGCUCUGUGGGUAUCUCAGAAACCGGAGACACAGAGAAUCAACCAUCUUAAAGGCCAUAGAGAAUGGCGCCAAAACGUUAUUUGACAUAGUUGCUUAUACUUAUGCUGAAGUUGACCGAAGCCUCUGGUUUUAUGCCUCAUCAAAUGUGAGACUCCACGUGGAUCAUCUAGCACUGCAGGACAAGUUACCAAAUGAUUUUUCGAUCCAAAAUUUUCAAGCAACUUGUGCGUUGCGUUUCCUUUUAAGGUGGCUAUUCGAAUACUCAAGUAGUGCAUUCUCAAUAAAGCAUCACACGAUGAGAGCGGCUUUAAUAGUUGGUACUGGGGCCGUGGCCAUCGGUUGCUUGGCUGUAUCAUUCUCCACAAAGAAACAAACUUUUUCUAGGUGAUGCAAAGAAUUCUUGCUCCAGAAAGCAGAGUUUAUUAAGGAAGUUAAUACCGGCUGGCUCCAGGUCAUCCUCUCUCUCAAUGUACCAGUAGUUCUAAGAGAAGGGGUAAGAUAUUUGAAUUCCCGGUUUUUAGGAGUAAAUUACAUUGAUAAUGUUGUAUGCAUAUCUCGCCACAAUUGUUCUGCAUUUCUGCAUCUCUGAUAUUUCUUUGUGGCUGAAGUAUGAGAUUGGAUUAAUUAGACGAUAGACAAGAUAUAAUGUUUAUUGAGCACAAAACUUCUGAGACAGUUAAUGCAGAAACCAUCUUGUGUUUA